AUUUGCCCAACUCAACUCGGCAUAUAUACAAAAGCAAAGAUAGAAUAGAAAGGACGCAGAAUGGCGACUUCUUUGAGCACACCAAAACUUACCACCUUCUCUUCCCCAACUCUCCAAACCCUCUACAGACGAUUCCCCAUUUCUCUAAACCCUAAUUCUCUCUCUCCUCACUCUUCCCCUCUCCCUCACUCCAAAAACCUUCACUUUCUCUCUCUUCCCCGCUCCUCCUCUUUCUCUCACUACCACCGUCGCUUCACCACUCGUGCCGAGUCCGACAACGGCGCCGAGCAUCGCCACUACGACUUCGACCUCUUCACCAUCGGCGCUGGCAGCGGCGGCGUUAGGGCUUCGCGUUUCGCCGCCAAUUUCGGUGCUUCCGUUGCCGUGUGCGAGCUUCCUUUUGCCACCGUAUCUUCGGACACUACCGGAGGCGUUGGUGGAACGUGUGUGCUUCGUGGUUGUGUUCCAAAGAAACUACUUGUGUACGCAUCCAAAUAUUCUCAUGAAUUUGAAGAGAGUUGUGGUUUUGGAUGGAAAUAUGAAGCUGAACCCAAGCAUGAUUGGAGCACCUUGAUGGCUAAUAAGAAUGCUGAAUUGCAGCGUCUUACCGGUAUCUACAAGAGCAUUCUGAAAAAUGCUGGUGUCACAUUAAUUGAAGGGCGUGGAAAGAUUCUGGACCCACACACAGUGGAUGUUGAUGGGAAACUCUACUCGGCAAGACACAUUCUGAUUUCAGUUGGGGGACGCCCCUUCAUUCCUGAAAUUCCUGGAAGUGAAUAUGUAAUAGAUUCAGAUGCUGCCCUUGAUUUGCCUUCAAAGCCUAAGAAAAUUGCAAUAGUUGGGGGUGGAUACAUUGCGCUUGAGUUUGCUGGCAUUUUCAAUGGUUUGAAAAGUGAGGUCCAUGUAUUCAUACGUCAGAAAAAGGUUUUAAGAGGCUUUGAUGAAGAGAUCAGAGAUUUUGUUGCAGAACAGAUGUCUCUAAGAGGGAUUGAGUUCCACACAGAGGAGUCGCCUCAGGCUAUCCUUAAAUCAACAGAUGGUUCACUGUCUUUGAAGACUAACAAAGGAACAGUUGAUGGUUUCUCACAUAUCAUGUUUGCAACAGGGCGCAAGCCUAACAUAAAGAAUUUAGGAUUGGAGAAGGUAGGGGUAAAAAUGACCAAAAAUGGAGCUAUAGAGGUUGAUGAAUACUCCUGCACAUCUGUUCCAUCAAUUUGGGCGGUUGGAGAUGUUACAGAUAGAAUUAAUCUAACUCCAGUUGCUUUGAUGGAGGGAGCGGCAUUGGCAAAAACUCUUUUUGCCAAUGAACCGACAAAACCAGAUUAUAGGGCUGUACCAUCUGCUGUGUUCUCUCAGCCACCUAUUGGACAAGUUGGUCUUACUGAAGAACAGGCAAUAAAAGAAUAUGGUGAUGUUGAUAUCUUCACAGCAAACUUCAGGCCUUUAAAGGCUACUCUUUCUGGGCUUCCGGACCGGAUUUUCAUGAAAAUUAUAGUGUGCGCAAAAACGGACAAGGUUCUGGGAUUGAUGAUGUGUGGGGAAGAUUCAGCUGAAAUUGUGCAGGGAUUUGCUAUUGCUGUGAAAUCUGGGUUGACAAAGGCAGAUUUUGAUGCCACAGUAGGUAUUCAUCCUACAUCAGCAGAGGAGUUUGUCACAAUGAGGACUCCUACACGGAAAGUCCGCAACAGCUCUCCAGCUGAGGGGAAGAUGGAUUCUGAGGCUAAAGCUGCAGCAGGGGUUUAGGUGAGUAAUGUUGCCCUUUCGCGGAGUCAAAGGUGUUACUAUACAUGUUGAGUAGUUUAUGGAAACUCGGUUGUUGAUUCGCAUGGUGGUGGAGCUUUGUGAAGGGAGUGUAAAUAGGCAUUGCGCGGGGUUUUGAGGCGAGGCGACAGAUCGGCUUCAGUAACAGAGAAACAUUUUAAGUGAAUGUUUCAGUAAACUAGUGCAAUUUUGCACUUUUCCUCCGUGAAAUGACCAUUUUUUCAUUCUGAAAGCCAACAAUAUUGUAUCUAUUUUUUUUUUUUCUUUUUUUUUUUUUUUUUCCCUUUGCACACAUUGAUGAUAGUCCUAUAUUGUAUAACAGGUUAAGUAUCACAGAUACAUGUUGGCCGCAGAUAAGUUAUUGCAAUAUUUAGCGAGAGGCAAUUCUAAUAAAUGAAGUUCGACUUGUUUUCUUUUA